UAACACCACUAACUAGUUAUAGCUUAUUUCCAGCAAAGUGUGAACAGAAACACUGUACAAACUGGACUUAGAAAGUAUGCCCAUAAAAUCGGUUGGAUGGAGAUUAAAAUUUAGGUGAUUACGCAAGAUUCGUGAGUGAUGUUUUUAUUGUAUCAGCACUAAGUUCUCUCCCUCACUCCCCCCCCCCCAAAAAAAAACGUGCUAGCAUACGUACUUCGAUGCGGAUAAACUAACAAACAAACAAUGCUUUUCGACCAUGUAUCCUUCUACGUCAUUGUUGUGACAUCAAAGGCCUCUGAAUGACCCACAAUCAUGACAGUUUGGCCUAGGCCUUCAUCGCCCCUGAUUCUCGCGAUUAGUCUCACCAUGGUAGCGGUGGUGGGAUCUCUACAAGAUGGUGAGUCACAGCCUGUUAUGCCUUCUCCACUGGGGUGUCGAUUCACCAGAGAGGACGUCACCAUAGAAUGCCAUGACACCAGUCUCGAUAACGUUCUUCAUGCCUUCAAGAUCUUAACCGCGUUCAUCAACACAACACACGAACCUCGCAGCAUUGCUAUCAAAGACUGUGAAAUACCCUAUCUACCGUACGUUUUUCCAAAGUUUAACGAAACGUUAGAAAGAGUGCACCUAGUCCACAGCCAACUAGAGUACGUCUAUCCAGAUGCUUUUGCUCAUCUCCAGAUCAAGCUACGUUACCUGGAUUUUUCACAUAAUAAACUCCAUUCUAUUCCGUAUGCCUUCAGCACCCUGCUCUCCUUAGAGAUUCUUAAUUUGCAGUAUAAUCAGAUCGUUUUUAUUUGGCCUGGGCCACAGUUUCACUGGAUGUUCGGCCUUCGGGAACUUAACUUGGCUUACAACCAGAUUGGCUUAUCCAGUGACUAUGUCCCGGACGUUCGGAGGAUUACCAUCAAGGAACCUGUUGUAGACCAUCUUUAUCAACUCGCCCAGAACUUAACCCUUGAAGAAUUUAACAUCGAACCCAUUUCUAGUAGUCUUGAAGUCUUGAAUUUAAGUGGAAACAAAUUAGCGACGCUUCCCUUGCAAUUGUAUCGAAGAAGGCUACCAAAUUUGAAAACUCUUGACCUAAGCAACAACUUAUUGUCCGAACUGCCCAAAAUGACAACUCGUGUGUUACCAAAAAUCAGAAGAUUGAACUUACGAUCAAACUUCAUUCAAAGCUUGGGUUUCUAUUCUUUGCCCAUUGGCCUUCACGAGCUUGAUCUUUCUGAAAAUCCCCUUCGAUGUGACUGUGACAUUCUUUGGCUCCAGGAAUGGGUUGACAGCAAUAAAACUGUCAUUUUCCUGCCCACCUGCAAUUCUCCAUCAGAUGUGAAAGGUCAAUUUUUGCUACAGUUGACAAAUGCCACCUUGUGUGGUGAGAGAAAUGAAACGGUAGCUGUUUCUCACACACCUGAGAAAUUUGAAGACUUCGAGCUCUUAUCCUUAACCAGUACUCCAAACACCGUCAAAGUGUCAUGGAGAGCAAAGGUAAACGAAAAGAAUGACAAAAAAUGGAAGGUUUUCUAUAGACAGUCAAUCGACAGUCGAUACAAAAUGACACUUAAUUACAGUGAGAUUGAGACGUCUUAUAUUGCAAACAACAGCACCAAUUCCUCGAAACCGUGGGCGUAUACCACUUACGUAAGCGAAAUAAAUAACCUCGAACCCAAUACCUAUUACAUAAUCUGCAUCUCUGUUUCCAACUUUGCUAGAUUUUUCAUACAGCCAGAGAAGUGUCAAGCAAUCCAAACCAGUGUUAUAGUGUCUCAAACGUCUACUAUACGUGUAGUAAAAACACAAAGCGUUAAGACUAAACAGAAGUUUAAAACAAAAACGAUUCUUACUGAUAUUAUAAUUUACCCCAAGUCAAUAAUCAUAAAAUGGGACAUAGUGUUACUGCCGAGAAUCAGAAGGUCUGUAUUGCUUCAGAACACUCUCGAAAAAGGUUCUUUCAACUCUCUUAAAUGGAUUGUACAAAUUCGUAAGUUUGCUAGUUUUAAUAUAACAGAGACGGAAAUCUCUGUAAGUGAGAAUGAAGCUCAAAGCAACCGAAGUUUUGAAUACACCAUUUCAGAUCUCACUCCUUCAACUGGUACGAUCUUUGUGUACAAGCAAUAAAUACUAC